UAUUGAAACAUCUUCAAAAUGAAGUGUAUUAUUGUUGUUAUUUACUCAAUUGUUUUAAAAGCUUUUCUUCAUGUGUUGUGGAGCUUCACCAGAGUGAUCCACGUUCCUUUUUUCUGCUUUUGUUUGACUGCUGGACUCACGGUGGACAACUCCUCUUCCAUCAGGAUCCUGGACAAGCGUCAAGACUGCAAUCAACUGGGUCUUAAGAACUGCCAAAUUAAAAACUGCUCAGACGAGCUCAUUGUCAUACCUCGACAACAUGCUCCUAACAGACCAGAAAUGGGUUCCCAUAUUUUGGGUGUCUGGAUGGACGAACGCGGACCUGUUUCUGUUGUGAAUGUGUCAUGGACAAUAAAGUCAGAUGGAAAUGUAAAAGUCCUUCGGGGAUCACAGAUAGAUUUUCUGGAUGAAAGUACAAAUCAAAGUUUGUGUGUGCGGUUUGUUUUCAUCCUCAGCCAACAGCUAAAUCCAAACCAUAGUAAGUGGAAAUUUUCCUUGGAUGGACUCGUGGUAGAGCCUCACCAUUCGUACAGACUGUCAAUUCUUAAUCUGCCAGAGCCUGCAGAUGACCCCGAGAGGCUUAGAAUGAACAUUAACAUCCCAGGAUGUGAUGACACGAGAAUCCAAGAGGCCAAAAUGUGUCUGGAAAAUGGUAGUCUUUGGAAUCCUCACAUUAAUCAUUCGGUGGAUCUUACUAAAGGAAAGUUUUCCAUCGAUGUGCAUUUUGAAGCAGCACAAUAUUCAGAGAGAUACCAAGUGUCCAUCCACAGUAAAGGUUUCAAUUCCUCAAAGAGUGUCUCAAAGGAAAACAAAACAUCGCUGACUGUGACAUUUGAGUUUGGGUGGGGGCAGCUUCCACAGUGUAAAAUGGAGUUAUUGAUUCAGCCGUUUUUUGUUGGAUGCAAGAAUGACUGUUGGCGUCCCAAGAAAGAUAUAGAUUUAUGCCAGUAUUAUCCACCCCGGACUUUAAUUAUAAAGGCAUGCUUGGCACUGCUUGUCUUUGGUGGUUUUCUUGCCUUUGUACUGUGGAGAGCUUUCCAGAAAGAUCCUGUGAACUCAUCUUUAUCUGCUGCCAAACAACAACCAGAAGGUUUUCAAGUUCGAGAGAGAAGAAGACUCCUCGUCAUUUACUCCCUGGACCACCCUUUAUACAAAAACAUUGUCCUCAAGCUUAGUGCAUUUCUGGCAACCAAAUGUGGUACUGAAGUGUUCUUGGAUCUGCUGGACUCCACAAGGCUGGGAGUGUUGGGAAGCAUUCAGUGGCUGGACUGGCACAGGGAACAAAUUGAAAACUCUAAAGAUAAGAUACUAAUCCUGUGCUCAAGAGGAGUUAAAGCCAAAUGGAAAGCCAUGUGUGGAGACAAACAGGUAUUUCUGAGAGAGGACGCCCGCUCAGUUAUGGGUGACAUGCUCAGUCCAGCCCUCAGCCUCCUGGUACCCCAUUUUAUCAGAUCUGCGUCAUUUGAAAAAUACAUAGUGGCUUACUUUGAUGAUGUUUGUUCUGAAGAUGAUGUUCCUUCACCUUUCAACAUUACAUUGAGAUACAAGCUGAUGAAACAGUUUGAGGAGCUCUUUUUCAGGAUCCUGGACACUGAGAUGCACGAGCCCGGCAUAGUGAAUCACAUUGAUGGGCUUUCAGAGGAAAAGUACCACCAGUGUGCCUCCGGUAGAGCCCUGAGGGACGCCAUAGAGGCUUUUCAUGCAUACCAGCUGGAGCAUCCCCAGUGGUUUGAAGAGGAAUUACUGGAGAGCUCAAAGACCUCAUCUGAAAUCUGUGAUGAUGCAAAAUCAACCAUAAACCUCAUGACAUAUCGUGAACCUGACUCAGCUCAAGUCACCAGUCAUUUAAAUACACAAGAAACUGAUUUCACUGUCAACACAUCGGGACUUUACGUGGCUGAAGAGCUUCAAAUGUGCACUUCUGUGGAGUUUAACCAACUUAUAUCUGAGAACAUGCAGCAUGUUUGAUUAAAUUGUGGCAAUGUUUUGGGACGAUCUUCUCCACUGUUGGUGGAAACUUUGAAACAUUCAUCAUGGGCAACACAUUUUUUGUCUCUGGAAAUGGCCUUUGUGGAGUCCUGCAAUUUCUGAGUGACUUUCUAGUUUUACCAAGUUUAUGCUUCCCUUCAUAUCAGUGCUGCAGUUAUUUUUUUGUAUGCUGCAUUAAUGUUAAUAUAACUUGCUUUCACUCAGGAGACAGAUCCAAAGUAGCUAUAGCACAGAGAUCUGCGGUUGAUGCUUUUGGUCUGUGUCAACAACGUUUUGGUCAAAGUUCAGCCUACUGGGCAAAGUUUCUAUCAUUUCUGUUACACUGAAGAAGGUAAGACUAGUCUUGAUUUGUGACACUGUUUUGUAUUAUAAUUAACUGAUUUAAUCUAAUGUGCUAUGGACUUUUUUAUACUGUAAAGCAUGGACAUGUGUAUUGUAUUAUCACAGGUAAAAGGUGUCCCUGCUGCAUUAAAGCAUGUGACCAGAAAUAAGUAAAUGUUGAUACUCCUUUGUAUGAUGUACAUCUGAUCUGUUCAUUAUAAUUCCAAGUGUUUGUUGGUGUGUUUCUGAUCCUCUCAGUGUUGUUGAUGAGAUA